AUGGCAUCCCAGAUAGACAUCGCUGCUGUUAGAAGCAAGUUCCCUGCCCUGGGCCAAGACCAGGUCUUCUUCGAUAAUGCAGGUGGAAGUCAGACGCUGGGUACAGUCAUUGAGUCCAUCCGGGACUAUCUCACACAAAGCAACGUCCAGCUAGGCGCGUCUUACAAAGUCGGCCAGAAGGCGACGGCCUCCUAUGGCGAAGGCUACCAGGCCGGCGCAAAGUACAUCAACGCAUCCUCUGACGAAAUCGGUAAAUCAAUAUGUCCAAAACUUAUUUGUGACAGAAACACUAACAUAAGGGGGGGGGCAGUCUUUGGUGCCUCGACAACUCAGCUCUUCCGCAACCUAUCCCACACCUUCACCUUUGACAAGGGCGACGAAAUUGUCGUAUCAGCAGUCGACCACGAAGCCAACAUCGCCUCCUGGGUCGAUCUCGCCGCCCGCCAAGGACUCGAGCUAAAGUGGUGGAAGCCCACAGACGCAUCCUCGACAACGAACCCAAAGCUAACAACAGAGAACCUGAAGCCCCUGCUCUCGGAUAAGACCCGCCUGGUAACCCUCACGCACGCGAGCAACAUCCUAGGCACGAUCCACGACGUCGCCUCCGUAGCCUCCCUCGUCCACGCCUCCACCCCGAAAGGCCUCGUCUGCGUCGACGGGGUGGCCUACGCCCCGCACCGGCCCGUCGACGUCAAAGCCCUCGGCGUCGACUUUUACGCAUUUUCGUGGUACAAGGUCUACGGCCCGCACACGGCCAUGCUGUACGCGAGCCGGGCCGCGCAGGACGCGCACAUGCGCUCCAUCGGCCACUUCUUCAACCCGAGCGAGUCCCUCGAGGGGAAGCUCGGGCUCGCGGGCGGCAGCUACGAGCUGGUCUCGGCCGUCCCGCGGGUGCUGGAGUACCUGGGCACGCCCGACUCCCAAGGCUGGAGGGGGAAAGUCGAGCAGGAGGGGCAGCUCCAGACUACUCUGCUCGAGUACCUCAACGGCCGGGGCGACGUGACGAUCUACGGCGAGACCGAUGCCGGUACCGACCGCCGCGUUCCGACAAUCAGCUUCCGAGUGCAGGGGUGGGGCACCAAGGACCUCGUCAAUGCCGUAGAGAACGAGUCCGAGUUUGCCUUCCGAUGGGGCCACUUCUACUCGUACCGGCUGAUCAAAGAGAUUCUGCAACUCGACCCUGCCGACGGCAUUAUUCGGGUUAGCAUGGUGCAUUACAACAGCCUCGAUGAAAUCAAGGGGUUUAUUGCGGCCUUGGAUAAGGCAUUGCAACAAAAGACCAAAUAA